CGUCUGCUGUUUUCGGGCUUUGAAAAUAUUUGUUGGCGUCUGGUGAAUGGUUCCGACUUGAUGUGUCUCAAAGAAAAUAUUUCUAAAUAUAUUUUUUGCACCUACUUAAUCUGCAUAGCAAGAAGUUUGCGCAGUACUCCUGUGUAACUGAAUAUAUAACGGAUUUAUUCAUUAUAGAACGAAUGUAUGGAAACUAUUCAAUGGCAUCCUCCUAAAAAUUAACAAGCAAGGAAUGUUAAGGAUUUCUGCAUUAAACGAAGAACUUUCGGAGGAAAGUUCUGGAGUUGAUGAGCCUCUGGUACCAACGAAAGAAGUAGAAGAGGCUGAAUCUCUGAAUUUGUAUAAAGAAGCACUAGAUCUCAGGCAGAAAAAUGAACUGGAUGCUGCUCUCAAGCUUUUCCAUCAAACACUGGCUUUGUCUUGCAUUGAAAAUGCUUCCUUGGAUGAAAAGGAAGAUGAAGGCAAUAGAGAUCUAGCUACACUGUCAUCAUGUCUUCAAAUUAAAUAUGCUUGUUUAAAAAACAUUGGAGCCUUGUGUGCUUCAAAGGGGAAUUUUGAUGAAGCCCUUGAAGCAUAUCUUGAGGCUGUAGAAGUGGAUCCACUUGAUGUUACAGUAUGGCACAAUAUUGGAAAAAUUUCAGUGACUUUAAAAAAUUUUCAGCUUGCACGACAUGCCUUCCUACAGGGGUUGGCGUGCAGUCCCAACCAUUGGCCAUGCCUUGAUGGAAUUAUCAGCGUUCUUUUUGGUUUAGGUGAUGAUAUUUCUUGCCUUCAUUACAUCAAUAUAGCUCUAGGGAAAGACGCCUUCUACACCAGGGGACUUAUACUCAGGGAUUCUAUUUUUCAAGUCUCGCCAUCAUUAAGAGAGGAUGUUGAACGAAUGUUCAAGGAAAAGUGGGUCCACUUGUUCGAAACUUGCCCCUAUAGUGAAGAAGAAAAGAAGGAAUUUAUGGAUGAAGCUGAAAGGCUUCGUCAAGAUGUUGGCGGACUUUAUACCGAAGUGGUUUUACCUGGAACCCCAUUGGCGAAAAAAAUUGAUUCGUUAACAUGGAUAGCUGUUGGAGAGAGCUUGCUUGCUACUUACAAAACCAUGUCAGAUAACAACAAACCACUGUUAAUGAGCUGCCCUAUAGAACUUGAACUGCCAAAAGAAAAGGAAGAAAUCGGCAAAAUUUCUGUUAAUCCAGCCUCAUUGUCAAGCAGCGUUGAAAUGAUGGAGUGCAGUGAUAUUCAAGCAGAUACUGUAGCCGAAAAAAACGCCUCUCAUGUUGAUGAUGCACCUCAUUCUAAAGAGCUUCCAAGGCAAAAUUCCAUUUUGGAAGAGGUCGCCAAAUCUGAUGUCGAUGGUCCAUCGGAUCCACCUUUAAAAGGGGAGCCAGUAACCAAGCCAGAGAGCAGGAAAAGAAAGCGAUCAGUGGAGAAUGGAGUAUCAGUAUCCGAAAAAGAGAUUCAGAGGAGAUCUACCCGUUCACGCGCCUAUGCUCAGCAAGUAGAAGAAGAUAUAUACAGUCUUCGAGCUGAGCUGAGAAGUUUCUUACCCACCUGUUUACUUUUGGAUGAAAACUUUGAUAUGUCAAAGGAAGCAAAAACUGAUCACACAGGAAUUCCAACCCUCAAAUGUUGUGAUAAUUUACCUGAUGCAAUUCCACUUUCCGAAGAACAAAAAACCGUAUCAGCAUUUAUUCAUGAGGCUCAGGAAUCCAAAAUGAGAAUAGUGGAAAUGCUCGAACGAUUUUGCACGUGUGUUACACAACUAGAAGGUUUCUUGUGGCCGAAGGAGCUUAGUAACGUAUUUAAAGAUGCAUAUCAAAUUGUUAGAAAUGGCCUACCGGUCUCCGACGUAUUCCAUCAAGAAAAUAAACCGCACGAUGAAUUAAGUGAUUUUGAAGUACUGAUCUACGCUGAAAUUUUGGUUUCGUGUCAGAAAAAUGAUCCGAAUAUGCCAAUUCCGUCCUGGUUUAUCGAGGAUUUGAUGUAUUUGUUUCAGUGUGCCGAUCCAAUAGAUACCCAACCAAAACAUUCAAAAAAAUUUCAAGCUAGGGUUUUCUGGCUUCAUUGUAAUUGGCAUUUUCAGAAUGGCAAUGUUGAAGUCGCCUUAAACUAUUUACAGAUGGUGAACAACUGCUUUAAGCCACAAAUCCGUGGAGUCUCUCAGCCGCACACUUUGUCAUCCGUUGUUACUCAUUCGGUUGAUAAACCUAUCAUUCUGAGUGUUUCUGAUUGCAAUGAAAUGGGAGAAGUUCUUUUUAGAACCUUACAACUUAAAGAUGUCGUUAAACUAUACGAAAACAAGAAGUUUAAACAGCUUGUAAAUAUUUUGAAGGCAACCUUUAUCACUUCAGAAUCAGAAUUCUGCAACCACAAGUACCGAGUUCCGGUUGAUAGACCCACUCAGAUUAAUAUGUUGCUGGAAGGGCUAUCUGCGCUGGAGGAUUUCGACGAUUAUCUGGUUUGGAGCGAAAAGUCUUUGGAUGAAUCAACGUCGCAAUACCUAGAAGCUUACAACCGGAAGAAUGUUGAAGAAGGGGCUACGGCCGAUCAGCCUGUGGGAGUUAUGGCUGCAUCAGACUGGUCUAAAGUUAUUGAGAAAAUUUCAACAGAAAUUGAAGAAAUCUUGCGAUUUAAGCGGACAUCUUUAGGUGUUCUUAGUCGUCGGGCGUUAGUUCGCUUUGCAGAAAAUUUAGUCCUCAUUUGUUCUCAUCAGCUUGAAGCUCCAGACGCAUCUUGUAAAAUGCCAUUGAGCUCUCCAAUAUUUUGGGUUCUUUUACAUCGAGUCAUUGAGUUUGAGGAACAACGUAUUGCCUUAGUGAAGAAAGAGGAAAGAGCCGCUCAAAACGUCCAGAAUGCUAUGCAAAAUGAAUCGGAAGAAGAGGUUGAUGAAGCCUUACCAUGCUCAAUCCUUUUCCUUCUAUCGGCACAUGAUCUUCUUGGAAAGCACUCGUGGUGUAUGCUUGAAGGUGGCGUUUUUGCCCUUUAUCUUCUUGAGGUAUUGAUGAAGAAACGUCGGGUAACGCAAGACUAUGAAGAUCGAGAAGAGUUAGGAAGGGCCAUUGAACAAGCCUCUUUCUGCGCGCUUGGCUAUCCGACAAACAAAAAAUCAAAAACUAGAUCUUUGGCAGAUCAUUCGGUUACACCAGUUUCCUUAACAUGGAACCGGGUAUUGCUGCUGGCAGAAUUUUUCCUUCCAGUCCGCCAAGAUCUCCCGGAAUUUGACACAGUUAAACCCACUUCAAACGCUGAACAAGAGAUGUUGCUCCAAAAAGUCUCUAGUCUAAUACCUCCUGAGCUGGAUCCUCGAAAUAGACUGGAAGAUAUUCAAAGUUUUAUACAAGGGCAACGGCCGGACAUACCAAAGUAUUUAAACCAUAGCGGUGUGCCUCAAGAAGUAGAAAAUGUAUUUUACCUACUUGGAGAUUAUUACUUCAAAAACAAAGACUGGACAAAAGCCAUUGAAAAUUACAUUCUUGAUUUGGCUUUGGUACCUGAUCGUUUCGAUUCAUGGGCAGCUGUCGCGCUUGCAAUCGCAAGUAGAUUAGAAACCAAAUUAAAUUCAUGCGAACGACUGAAGAAUCUAGCAACAUUUCUCGAUCGAGCUGAAGCAGCGCUACGUUGCUUUCGGCGUGCUCUCGUCCUACGCCCGUUGCAAACUACGUUGUGGAUAGAGCAAGGUUCUACUGCCUACAUGCUGCAUUCUUUCUGUUCCCAAUUGCUCCGCAACGAAACAGAUUCUCUCAGUAUAGAGAUGUUUGAGCGUCUUGAAAAAGAGAAAGACCGCAUGCUCGAUAUUGCACAUGACUGUUUCGUUGCUGCUGACAAAGCAUCCUUGUAUGGUAUCAAAAAGGGAAAUGGAGACGAUCAAGACGAACGAUGGCUUCAUCACUAUAUGCUCGGCAAAGUUGCUGAAAAACGAUCGAAACCAUUUAGCGAACUUAUCGAACAUUAUCAGUAUGCCGCUAAGUUAUUAGAAGAAUCGUCAGCUUCCUAUCCUCGACGUAUUCCGUACAACACGCCCCCGCAACUCAGCGUAGAAGCCCUGGAAAUCCAUUACCGCAUUCACAGCCAUUGUUUAAAGACUCUGAUGAGUUUUGAAGGAAGACCUCAAGAUAUAGCUGCCUACUUUGGAAUUUCUAAGCAAUUACAAAUGGCCUCCAGUGGAGCAUUCGCCCACGGUGGUCGAAGAGUCUCAGUUGAGCAAAAAGAAGAGAUUCUAGAAAAAGAAACGAAAAAACGGAAAGCAUCGAAGCAUGAAGAAGAGAAGCCGACCAAGAAAACUAAUGUCGACCCAGAUCCAGAAGUUAAGCUAGAAGGUCGAGCGGCUACAAUUUACGACGUUUCUAUUAUUCUCAACGAAAUCCUUGAUCAAGCUAUUCGAAUUGCCAAACCUAAAAGUGAUGCUGUGAAAAACGAUGUGUUUUUGGAACCGCCAGCCCAAUCCGAGAGAGAAAAAGACACGUUAUGCAUACCAAUAGCUUCUGGAACGUGCGGAGAUGUAGAAAUGGAUAUCGAGCCAUCCAAGCCAAUCAGUGAAUUGCCUCCACAAUCUCAAACUAAUGAAAGUUCGUCUUCCUCUUCUAGCGAUGAUUCUAGCGAUUCUGAUUCGGAUAGUGACUCAAGUUCGUCAUCUGAUUCAUCCGAUGGGAAAAAAGACGAAAAAGAAAUUGAAAAUCAGCGCGUGGCCAACCUACAUGGAGAUGAACCUGUCCCAGACUUACAAGCAAUGGUUGAUAUGUGUCUGGCAGCCAUUAAAGAAUGUGUUGGACGAUUUCCGCAUUUCUACAAAGGUCUUUACAGACUUGCCCACUAUUACUACCAUUCCAAAGUGAAUCGCAACAUCGAUGCAUGUCGUGAAUUACUUUUUGGUCGUCCAAUCUCGGCUUCGAUAGCUCAGCUCCAACAGCAACAAGGAGUCGCACAAGCCAGACAUCUCCCAACAGGAGUUGCAGGGUUGUUCACAGAAUGGAGGUCCAACAAUUUCUUUCAUGGAAUUUGGCGUAUUCCAAUCAACGAAAUUGAUCGUCCUGGAUGCUUUGCUUCUCACAUGGGACGCAGUGCAGCCUUACUGUUAGAUGUUUUACGUGAAACUCGCGAUCAUCGAUUGUUAAUGGAACUUGCGUUAGCCCUUCAACCUGAACCGGAGCCAGACAAGAAAUAUUUAUUCGAUUCGGAACGGGAACAGCAUGCCAGCCUUGCUCUGAGUUUGAUGGGGCAGGUUUUACGUAGUCGUUUACAGGAAGUCAGAGAUUCCGCAAACGUCAUACUUUCCGGAAGUGAUGACCCGAAGCACCCUUCGCCACAGCAGGGGUCGCCAAGUUCUUCGAAGAAGCUAUCACUGUUGAUGGACACGUUUCGCGCCUAUGAUCGCAUCGAACGCAACCUUCCUGGUCAAGAGGUUAUUUUCGGAGCUUUACUGAUUGAAGGUUUCAAAAUCUAUCGAGGUGCCCGAGAUCAGAAUGAGAGUGACACCAAUAUGAUGGAGCAAGCCUUGGCUUUCUGCCGGAAUAAACAGGCGCAGUCAAGAGCUAGAGUGGGUGGAGUUCGAGGAGGCAUGGCAUCGUCUCUGGGUGUUGUAUCAUCUCGAGGAAAGCGAGCGUACACAACAAACCGAAGAGGUAGACCUCCUGGUGUAAGCAGGCCCACCGUAAAAGAUCUUAUCAAUACAAGUACCCUACCCGUCCAGACUGCGCCUAGCUCAUCAUCGGGGCAAAGUAAUGCAAACGUCAUGCAAGAGGCUAUGAAACUAUUGCAAUCAGCAGGAGGUUCCAUCAAUAACUUGCCUCAACAUCUAAAAAAUAUCCCUGGCAUUUCAAAUUUACUGGCUUUGUUUUCGAAUCCAACUGGAGAUAAAGCAUCCGCCGAGACUCCUGCCCCGGCUGCUCCCCCUCCACGACCGGUGCCGAAAAAAGAAUCUUCUACUCCAAAACCUGUACCGCCAGCCGUCCCUGCUGCUGUCGCAAGUGCCUCUCAACCAGUACCGCAAACGUCUAGCAUGUAUAAUCCGCUUUUACAUUCAUUAGCAUCAGUGGGCGGGCCUUCAUCUACACCAGCAAGUUUAGCUGGACUUGGAAUGAUGGAUCCAGCGCUUUUAUCCAUGUUCUCUAAUCCCUAUCUGAAUCCAAUGAGUAUGUUUGGCAUCGGAGGGCCUAUGGGAGCUGCGGAUGCAUCGUCGAUGUCAAAAAUGCAGCAAGACUAUCAACAACAGUUGGCCAACUGGAUGCAGGCCUCUCUAGCGCAAUCAUAUGUUUUGUCUAAUAUGACCUCUCCGUAUUUUGCAAGCCAGAGGGGGCGUGGCCGUGGAAACCGCAAAUCUUCGUCCAGUCGACAUUCUUCGAAAACGUAUUCCGGUUCAACGGAAAGUAAGACCAAUUUAAGUGGCACGGGUGAGGCUUCGGGCUCUGGUAUGGCCAAUACCACUCGAACCUCCACGCCCGAUUCAAGUUCUCGAAACAAACCUUUGGAUUUCAUGAGACGGAGUGAUUCAACGGAAGGAAGCAAAUCCAUCGGAAAAAGUACGGAAAACCGGACGAGUUCCGCCGCAAAAUUCCCCAAUGAUUUCAAGCUUCCACCGCCGCUGUUUGAUAGCUCAAUGAUGAGACAGCCAAAUCAGCAGGAUCCUAACAUGCAGCACAAAUCUGUACACUCAGCUGAAGCCCACAAAAAGAAACCACAUUCAUCAUCUCAUAGCAGUGGAAGGCCGCAUAAAAAGGCAAUAACAACUCCGACAAUAGAUGUUAGCAAGCUGAUCGCUGGGUUUUCUCCAGCAUUUGAUAUGGGACGUAUGGGAAAAAUGGAAACAAAAACAAAAGAUAGUUCAUCGUCCAGUCGUGGCAAAACCCCCAAAGUUAGUUCAGAUUUGCACCCCCCACCUUAUCCAUCGAAGCCUUCGUACAGCAAGCCAAUGGGGCAUAAGGAGGCAACAGCUCCUCCUCCAUUUCCAAACAUCAGUUUAGGUCGCGAUAUUACCGUAACGGCAACGUCAGCGUCUUCGAAGCCCAUAGUCUCUCAACCGAAUUUUCUUGGUUCCUCUUCGUCAACUGGUAGAGUGAAACAGUCGCACUUUUCGCAACCUUCUCCUCAUAGUUAUGCUGGAGUUGCAUCUACUUCUCAACAGAUCGCGCACGCGUCGAGCAUUGGAAGAUCAGAUCCGCAUAAUAUCGCAUUUUCCGUUCUUCAAAAUCUUCCCUCGUCGAUGUCUCUGUUGGUGAAACCGAACAGCGCGAGCCAUACGAAGCACACGAGUAAAACGCAAACGGGGCCAAUUGAUUUAGUCGUUAACAAAUCGAAUCAACAAUCGACUAAUCCGAUUGCUCCUUUGCCCAAACUUACACCAGCUCCUAAAUUUCAAGGGAACAAGAAAGGAAUUCCGUCACAAGCACCUCCCCUUUCGUUAAAAGCUGUAUCGUCAGCGUCACCAAUCCCUCCGUUUCUAUCCAAUGUUUCGUCUUCACAGUCAACUUCCCAGAUUGGCGUUCCACGCAAUUUGUCCAACCAGAAACCGUUAGAAAAAACGAUUAAAGCACCUGAAAAGGAUUCAGGUGACGAUUCAGACGUGGUAGUCCUUGAUUAAUUGUAUACUUAUGAUGUGCCCACACUUUUUGUAACAAGCCUUUCCUAAUACAGUUUACGUUAAAUAAAAGUUAUGUUGAUAUUACAUCGUUCAAGUUGGUAGUUGAAAA